AUGCCUGGAGAAACAGGGCUAGAACUUACAAAGUCUUUACGUGAUGAAGGCAGCAUCCUCCCCAUUCUUUUACUCACGGCUUUGGGGGAACCGCAUCAACGUAUCGAGGGAUUAGAGCAUGGUGCUGAUGACUAUGUCACCAAACCUUUUGAGCCUAAAGAGCUUGUCCUAAGAAUUCAACGUAUUCUCGAACGUGUUUAUGAACGCCCCGCUCCUGCUCGUAGCGAUAUCCGUUUUGGCCCUUUUCAGUUUGAUAUAGAAUCCCGCACCCUCUCUAAAGAUGGUGAAGCAAUUUACCUCACCCCUGCAGAAGAAAGCUUACUCGCUAUCCUCGUAAAUAAUGCAGGAUCUCCUUUAGACCGCGAAGAGCUUGCCCAAAAAGAUGGCAUUAAU